UGCUCCGCGAGGGGCUUGGAGAGGCGGCAGGCCAUGUCGGCCGGGCGUCAGCGCCGCGAAACAGAAGAUUCUGGGGAGGGGCCAGAAGCUCCGGCCGAGAGGCUGAAAUUCGACAUCGCGCGAGGCCUGGAGAAUGUGCCCGUGAGCGCCUGGCCACCGGGGGCGUGGCCAGAGCCCUUCCAGUAUUCACCGGACCUCGUGGCAGGGCCAGGGGCAGACUCGGACCCCUCCCAGCUCUCCUUCCCAGGGUGCGAGUGUUUGGAAAGACCCUGUCUCCCGGGCUCCUGCUCCUGCCUGCGACACGGGGACAACUAUGAUGACAAUCUGUGCCUCCUGGACCUGGACUCCACAGGGGCCACGUGUGCCAGGCCGGUGUUUGAAUGCCACGCCCUGUGCCCGUGCGGCGAGGACUGCAGGAACAGGCUGGUCCAGCGGGGGCUGCAGGUGCAGCUGCAGGUGUUCCAGACCGACGCCAAAGGCUGGGGGCUACGCACACUGGACCCCAUCCCCCGUGGCCGCUUCAUCUGUGAAUAUGCCGGGGAGCUGCUGGGCUCGGCCGAGGCCCAGAGGAGGAGCGGGCUACAGGGCCUCCGGGACCCCAACUACAUCCAGGCUGUGCGGGAACACGCGAGUGGUGGGCAAGUGCUGGAGACCUUCGUGGACCCCGCCCGAGUGGGGAACGUGGGCAGGUUCCUGAACCACUCCUGCGAGCCCAACCUGCUCAUGCUCCCCGUGCGUGUCCACUCCAUGGUGCCCAGGCUGGCUCUGUUUGCCGCCAGGGACAUCCUGCCCGGGGAGGAGCUCUCCUAUGACUACUCAGGAAGGUUCCGGAAUGGCCCCGGCGCUGAGGAAGAAGAAAGGCUGGAGCCCGGGAUGCCCAGGAAGCCCUGCUACUGUGGAACUGUCUCCUGUACUGCCUUCCUGCCCUACGACAGCUCCCUGUACCCAUCCUCCCUAAAGCCCCCCAUCCCUGACGAAGGAGGAAGAAGCAUAGGGGAGAGCCCACCGAGUCCAAGACCCUGUGACUUAUGGAAUAUGUGAUCUGUUUCUCUAAUUAUUAAGCGCUAUGUGUUAGAACCAGUCAUAAUAGAAAGCCUUUGCUUUCUCUUGCUGUUCCUAGCUCCAGCCUCCAGCGGUGUUUGGCCAACAAGGGGCAAACACAGAUAACAAGUCAAAAGGUCUUACAGGCAAAAGAAGCCUUAUCUUAUAUCCCUGAGCUCUGCCAGCAUCCUUGGGGAAAGGUCAGAAGUUACAAAGUGAACACAAAAUUUUGAUGUGAUCAUUGGAAUUGGAGAUAACAAAUCUGAUAAAGAGUGGUUUACAUACUAAGGAGAGAUAUUAUUCAAAUACAUACUCCCCUAAUAUGUUUGUAUUUCCCUAAGAUGUUUAUACUUGUUAUCGCUAUAUGUGCAUAUACUCAAUAAAAAGACAGAGGACCAGCAGUAACAAAUGCUAGAGAGGUUGUGGGGGCAAAGGAACCUUCCUGCACUGUUGGUGGGAAUGUCAAUGGGUCCAAUCCCUGUGGAGAACAGUCUGGAGAACUCUCAGAAGGCUAGAAAUGGGCCUACCUUAUGACCCUGCAAUUCCUCCCCUGGGGAUAUAUCCUAAGGAACCCAACACACUCAUCCAAAAAAAUUUGUGUAUUCCUAUGUUCAUAGCAGAACAAUUUGUAAUAGCCAAAACCUGGAAGCAACCCAGGUGUCCAACAACAGAUGAGUGGCUGAGCAAGUUGUAGUAUAAAUAUACAAUGGAAUACUA